AUGGCUGAAAUCGUAUUGUCGUCCAACACCAUUAUCGAAGUAAUAAAUGCGAUCACGUCUGCAGGGACUUUCGCCGUGGCGCAUUGCGUGUCUGAAGACUUUCAAAUGAGUAGGGGUGUUGCGGUGCAGUUUAAGCUGAACUAUGGUCAGGUUAGCGUCCUCCUGUACCAAAAUGCCAGAGUAGGUGGGGUGGCAGAACUGAGGGUUGGCCAGGAAAAUGAUUUUUAUAUUUUUUAACUGGUGACUAAUUAGUAAACUAAUUACUAUAGUAACUUUAAAGUUUUAUACCACCAGAAACCAACUCUCCGGUCCCUCGCCACCACAUUGGUCCAGUUAAGGGAUAGAUUGAAGGAAUUGUCAAUUAAUUCUUUAGUUAUCCCGAAACUGGGAUGUACAUUAGAUGAACUAAAUUGGUACCAGGUUCAUGCUUUAUUGAAGACGACAUUUGACGGUAGUGAUGACCUGCAGUUAAAAAUCACUGUUUGCGAUCCCGAAAACUUUCAGAUACCGUCUCACCAUCUGGCUAAAAUAGAGGAGAAGCAAAUUGAUUUUUUUGAUUUUUCGACGAAUUCCACAGUCAAAAUUCUACCCGUCGAAAUAACGUGCGCGUCAACCAACAUGUUAUUCCAAAAAUGUUUAACAAAUACAUUUUUAGUUGUGGGCGACGGUGCACCUAGGACAGGUCGUCCGAACACGGAAGCCCAAAUUAAUAAAACAGUGGCGAUGGGCCUUUUCAUUUGGGCAUUUCCAAAGUCUGAAAUGAUUCACUAUGCGGCAUUUUCGUCCCUGGUAAGGUCACAGUUGGCUGACAAUGUAUCUUGGCGGUAUAAAAUAGUGGUGUGCAACCCAACUAUCUCACGCAAACAAUGCAUGCGGGAAAAUGGCCGAGAGGCAAAAAUCAUCACCGGCCUUCACCUGCAAAUUAUAAUCCUGGCCAAGGCGGGAUUGUACGUGGUCGUGGCCAGCUGGUACGUGGAGAGAUGA